UGAUAAACCGCGAGAUGUAAAUUUCUACAAUAAUGCAUCAUUUGUGGCGGAUGAUUUGAAUGCAGUGAUUAUGGCUGCCACAAAUCAAUAUCCCAAUAAAAAAGUUACAAUUGUUGGAUGGUCGUAUGGAGCUGAGAUCAUGUUAUUAUAUGUGCGAAAAUAUGGGCAGAGCAAAUUAAACGGUUUUAUUUCAGUCUGCUAUGCUCUUGAAACGAAUUAUUUCUCGGCCACUAUUAUCGGGGAUAUAUUAGGUUCUGUAAAUUUAACGUAUGAAGAUCAAAUUGACGUACGAGAUAAUCUUAUAAAAAAUUUUACCGGAGAAGGUUUACCGCCACUUGAGGAAACUACUCGUUUAGUUUUUCUCGGUGGAAGCGUUUUUACGCCUUCCGCAUACAUUAGCGGAUCAUUCAGCUAUGAUUUCAAUACAGUUCUGACCUACACAAACUUGACUAUUCCAAUUCUCAUAAUAAGUGGUGCAAAGGACGUAGCUACGGAUCCAAAGGCGGCUAACAAUGCAUUGGCAAAAGCGAAAAACGGCACCGUAAUUGUAUUUGAAAAUUCCGGGCAUAUUCCUUUCUGGGAGGAAACAAAAAAAUUCAAUGGAGCUGUUAGGCAAUUCGUUUUUGAUGUUAACAAAUAG